GUUCUUUUCUACUUCAGUAUUCUCCCUUUCGCUCUUUUCAUUUUCAAAACUUUUGUUUCAUUUCCAGAGUCUCUCCACUGGCUAAGCAGAAACCCUAAACCAAUUGCAGUCGGUAAGCUUCAAAUCUCUCCAUUAGGUCGUCGUCUCUUCAAUUUUGAUUUUGAUUUCUCUUGAAACCUGAUAUUCAUUUUGAUUUUGAUUUCUCAGAUUUUGAUUUCGCGUUAUCCUUUGUGUCUUCUCCUUUGAAUCUCAUCAAGUACUCAAGGUGGUCAAAAGCUCAGUAGUUUCUUAGGCACAAUUGCUAGGAAUUCCAUGCUAUGUCCUUUAAAUUAUGAAGAUUGAAGGGACAUGCCCGAGACUACCAAGGCUGACCAAAUGGCUUAUAUUAAGACAAAGUUUGUUUUCUCAAAAAAGCUUCAAUCUUGGAUAAAUAAAUCUUUGGCAAAAAAGUGGAGGUAUCACAAACAUAAACUAGCCAACAGCAAAUACUUUGACCCUAACAAAACACAAGAGGAAAAUUGUAGAAAAACACCUCCGAAUGUCCCUCCUCAACAAUGGCAGUUUUUGGUGAAGUACUUCUUGUCACCUGAAUGGAAGAGAGAAGAGCAUUUGGAUGAUGUUGGGAAGAUUGAAUUCUAUCGGAUAACACACACCUUAAAGAAUGGUAAUAUUGUUGAUGAAGAGGCUAAGAGAAUCUUGAAUGAGGCUGAAGCUACUUUUGAAAAAUAUAAGCAGGAGAACCCAGAUUCAAGCACUAAAGAUUUAUUAAAAGCUGAAAGGAAAUUCAUGUCCGAAGUUAGGGGGUCCAAAAGGAGUGGACGUGUAAGAGGAUUGGGGUUAGGACCAACCCCAACCUCAAUUGGUAUCUCCAAGGCUUCUUCGAGUAAAAAUUGCAAACUGAAAAAAGUGAAAAAAGAGUUGAAAGAUCUGAAGGGGCAGAUGUCAGCUGUAUUUGGAAUUCUCAAAGAUGCUGGAUUGGUAAGUCAAUAUCAAUGCUGAGCUUAUAUUAUUGUUAUAAACAAAUUAAUUUAUG